CGUAGUGAGCCGGCGCCGACAAGUGCGCUGCACCACCGGCACCGGCUGGGGGCGAGCAGACCUCGAGCAGCUACCGCCGCCGCCGCAGCCGUUGCGACGGUCUCAGCCGAGUUCAGAGGGCCAGGAGGUGGGAGACUUCCCACACGGUGGCUGAGAUGUCGUCCUCCGCGGCUUUUUAUCUUCUCUCUACCCUGGGAGGGUACUUGGUCACCUCCUUCUUGUUGCUCAAAUACCCGACCUUGCUGCACCAGAGAAAGAAGCAGCGAUUCCUCAGUAAACACAUCUCUCACCGCGGAGGUGCUGGGGAAAAUUUGGAGAAUACAAUGGCAGCCUUUCAGCAUGCAGUUACAAUUGGAACUGAUAUGUUGGAACUGGACUGCCACAUCACAAAAGACGAACAAGUUGUAGUGUCACACGAUGAGAAUCUAAAGAGAUCAACUGGGGUCAAUGUAAACAUCUCCGAUCUCAAGUACUGUGAACUCCCACCUUACCUUGGCAAACUGGAUGUCUCAUUUCAAAAAGCAUGCCAAUGCGAAGGAAAAGACAACCGAAUUCCAUUACUGAAGGAAGUUUUUGAGGCCUUUCCUAACACUCCCAUUAACAUCGAUAUCAAAGUCAACAACAAUUUGCUGAUUAAGAAGGUUUCAGAGUUGGUGAAGCAGUACAGACGAGAACACAUAACAGUGUGGGGUAAUGCCAGUUAUGAAAUUGUAGAAAAGUGCUACAAAGAGAAUUCAGAUAUUCCUAUACUCUUCAGUUUACAACGUGUUCUGCUCAUUCUCGGCCUGUUCUUCACUGGCCUCUUGCCCUUUGUGCCCAUCCGAGAACAGUUUUUUGAAAUCCCGAUGCCUUCUAUCAUACUGAAGCUGAAAGAACCACACACGAUGUCCAGAAGUCAAAAGUUUCUCAUCUGGCUUUCUGACAUUUUAUUAAUGAGGAAAGCUUUGUUUGACCAUCUCACUGCCCGAGGCAUUCAGGUGUAUAUUUGGGUAUUAAAUGAAGAGCAGGAAUACAAAAGAGCUUUUGAUUUGGGAGCAACCGGGGUGAUGACAGACUAUCCAACAAAGCUUAAGGAUUUUUUACAUAAUGUUUCAGAAUAGAAAAGAAGCUACUCAGAAGCAUUUCAAGAAAAUAUGAAAAGACUAAGAAAAAAAAAAUUUCACUCUUUCCCUAAGCCAUUUCCAGAAUGGUAAAAGGUUUAAUCAGUUAAGUUUUUAUUACCUCAUUUUUAAGCCUGUCUGAGAAUGUAGAAACUAUAUAUUGUAUAUUUAUUUUAAAUAAUAUUGCAUAUUUUACAUUUGUAAAUUGUUUAGAAAGAUAACUGGCUAUGAGAUGUGCGUAGACUAUUGAUCAAGAUUUCUGUAUGUGAUGCUAUAUUCUACUAUUAUAAGUAAUUCUGAAAUCAAAGACUAUUGGAUAAACUUGACACUAGCCUUCACUGGAAUAAGUCAACUAAGUAGUAAGACAGAAUUACUGAAGGCCAUUACAGCUAUCUGAGUUGUCUUGGUAUCUCUAGGUACAUCUUAGUUAAAGGGGAAAUUUCAUACAAUGGAAGGAGAGCUUGGAAAUCAGUGAUGUAACAUCUGACAAGAUGUAUGUUGUUAACAGAAAGCAGACUCAAAGAAAUAAGUGAAAGUUUAUUACAUGAUCAGAAAUAAAAUCUGUAGAUUGAAUUAGGACUUCUUGGUUUCUGCUGUGAAUAAGGACAUUCCAUCUGGAAUCUUUUUCAGGUGUAUAACAAUGCUACCGUGUCUUUUUUGUUGUUAUGAACAUUAAAAUUGGACUUAAUAAUUGUAAAUUAAGACAAGAUGCAAAUGGUCACAUUUUUGUUUCCUCUAAAGAAAUGUACAUUUUCCAUUUUUUUUUGGCAAUGACUAACUGUUUGGGCCUACAUCUUAAAUAACAUCUUGAAUUCUAAUAAUCAUAUGAAACUGAUAAAAGUGCAUAUCAUGGUUUCUAACACUGAGAGUAUAAACCACCUGCUCCUGACCUUUGAGAAUUUGUUCUUCUGAGUAUUAGGUGGAAGCAGAAUUUCCCAAAGCAUUAGACAUCACUUUCUCAGCCUUUCUGAUGGGACUUCAUGUAAAUCUGUUUCUCAUCUUUUUGACUUAUUUUCAUUAUCUCUUUGGGAGUAAAUAUAAUCUGGACUAAUAAGCAUCUUAAACCUCGAUCUCUCAUUUGGAGUUUGCCAGCUAACAGCUAGAAAGGAUGUUCAUACUCUCCCACCUGUCCCUGGAUGACAUAAAUAACAUUUAGAUUUUUUUUUUGUUUAACCUGAAAUAAAAUUUUCAAGAACAAAAUAA